UUAUAAGUGGAUCAUCAGACACCGAAACAUUCAUCUCCUGCCCAACCGCCAAUUAUCCAAUAAGGUACCGGUAUCUAACCUGGACAUUUAACCACAAAGAGUUCAUCCUGACACAGAGCGGAGAUGAAGGCCGGUACAUAACAGAGAGGUGGAAGCAGCACGUGAUGAAUGUAUCAAGGACAGGAAGUCUCACUCUGAAGGAUUUAUCUUCAGACCAGACAGGAACAUACAAAUGUGAACUCAGUGAUGAAGAGGAAACGUAUGUGAAAUACACCUUUCUUCACGUACACGUACCAAAAGACUGGACUGGAGUUAUUGUAGGAGUGGUGGUGGGUGUCCUGCUGGUGAUCUUGGUUUCUGGAGUCGUUGGUUACAAGCUACACAAAUACAGGAAAAGGGUGCAGGAACGCAGGAAAAGGAGGAAAGAAAGGGAGAGGAGGAAAAAAAUAGAAGAAGAGACGGUUCUGGUUCAGUUGGGCAUGGAGGAGCACGACUUAAGAGAAGGGGUUCGACAGAGACUCUUCUAUGAAGCUAUGAAGGACCGCAGAGAAGUUCAAUUCGUUGAUUGUGAACUCUCAGAGACUCACUAUGAAGUUAUUGCGUCCGCUCUGAAGUCCGACCCCUCUAAUCUAACAGAACUGGACCUGAGUCAGAGCCACCUGGAGGAUUCAGGAGUGAAGCUUCUGUCUGAUGGACUAGAGAGUCCAAACUGUAGACUGGAGACUCUGAGAUUGGAAAACUGCAGUUUGUCUGAGAUCAGCUGUUCUUCUCUGGGCUCAGCUCUGAAGUCCAACCCCUCCCAUCUGAAACAUCUGGAAGUGAGCAUGAACAAGAACCUGCAGGAUUCAGUGAAACAUCUGUGUGGAUUUCUGGAGAGUCCAGACUGCAGACUGGAGACUCUGAGAUUGGAGGACUGCAGUUUGUCAGAGAUCAGCUGUUCUUCUCUGGUCCCAUCUCUGAAGUCCAACCCCUCCCAUCUGAAACAUCUGAACCUGAGUGAGAACAACAACCUGCAGGAUUCAGGAGUGAAACAUCUGUGUGGAUUUCUGGAGAGUCCAGACUGCAGACUGGAGACUCUGAGAUUGGUGGACUGCAGUUUGUCAGAGAUCAGCUGUUCUUCUCUAGUAUCAGCUCUGAAGUCCAACCCCUCCCAUCUGAAACUUCUGGACCUGAGUGACAACAACCUGCAGGAUUCAGGAGUGGAACAUCUGUGUGGAUUUCUGGAGAGUCCAGACUGCAGACUGGAGACUCUGAGUUUGGAGAACUGCAGGUUGUCAGAGAUCAGCUGUUCUUCUCUGGUCUCAGCUCUGAAGUCCAACCCCACCCAUCUGGAACUUCUGGACCUAAGUGGGAACAAGCUGCAGGAUUCAGGAGUGAAACAUCUGUGUGGAUUUCUGGGGAGUCCAGACUGCAGACUGGAGACUCUGAGAUUGGAGAACUGCAGGUUGUCGAAGAUCAGCUGUUCUUCUCUGGUCUCAGCUCUGAAGUCCAACCCCUCCCAUCUGGAAAAUCUGCAUCUGACUAAGAAUAAGCUGCAGGAUCCAGGUGUGAAGCAGCUGUCUGAUCUGGUGGACAGUCCAGACUACAAGCUGCAGACUCUCAGCUGGAGAUAGUGAGAGUGACCAGGACGGAUGAGUCGUGUCCUGAUGGUCCAUGGAGGUUGAAGCAGCACCAGUUUGUGUGGACAGACUCUGACUGAACCGUGAUGGUGAUGGAGAUGAAGAUG